AUCGCUCAUCGGAUUAUAAAAAGAUAAGAGAUACACACAUACAGUAAGGUCGGUUAAAAACUUGUGAUUAAGUAACGAACAAGCCAAAUCCUUCUAUUUUUUUUUUCCUUCUUCUAUUAAGAGUCGAACAAAACAAACCCUAAACAACCAAAACCAACCAACCUUAGGCUCCGUCGUCAAAAAUUCUCCAGGCGAAGAUGAAAAGAAUUGUUCGAAUUUCAUUCACAGACAUGGAAGCAACCGAUUCUUCAAGCAGCGAAGACGAAUCAUCAUCAUCGUCUCCUCCUUCGUCCCGUCGUCGAGGCAAGAAGCUAGUCAAGGAGAUCGUCCUCGAUUCUUCCGAUCCCCAGGCCGAGGUCAGGAAGACUCGGUUCAAAAUCAGGAUUCCGGCAAAGUUUCUUGCCGCGACUAAGACGACGGAGACUAAGAAGAAGUACCGCGGCGUGAGGCAGAGACCUUGGGGGAAGUGGGCGGCUGAGAUUAGAUGUGCUAGUAGAAGAGCUAACGGCGGCGGUGGUGGUGGUUGUAAAGGAGGAGGAGGAGGAGGAGGAGGAGGAGGAGGAAGACCUCAACGUAUAUGGCUAGGGACUUUUGAAACAGCAGAGGAAGCUGCUCUUGCUUAUGAUAACGCUGCGAUUCAGCUUCUUGGACCUGAUGCGCCUACUAAUUUUGGCCGUCCUGAUGCUGCUCCUGCUGCCGUCAUGAAGCUUCAAGAUUCCGAUGCUCCCUCCUCCGCUAAUACGCCUCCGGUGGUUUAACUUUGUAAAUUUGAUCAAUCUUUUUCUUUUUUUUUUUUUUUUUUUAACUUUGCAACUUCGCUUUGUACAUGCUUUUAAUUUCUGAAGUUCUAAUUCCUCAUUCCCAGAUUCUUGGUUCUGUUUUUUCGAAAUUGUAUAUUGUGAUCUGUGGUGAUGGUGGUUGGUCUCUUUAUUGGCCUGAAUUAGGAACUAUUGCUUCAAUUUGAGACUAUUGUUCUAUGAA